AUGGAGAGGAUGAGAGAAGAGAGGAGCCAAGUGCCAGAGAAUGGACCUGUGCAUAACAGUGUGCUUUGUGCAGUCUACAGUCAGGCACCGCAUUAUUUUUGUGUUGGGUACGUGGCGGUGGAAAUUGUGAGGAUCCUUUCCACAGUGGGCUCCAAGCCCUCCCUGUUGAGGGACAAGGGCAUGCAGGUGGAUGCCAAAGGCAAUGUGGUAGUGAAUGAGUGCCAGAACACCACCAGGAGAGAGGUCUGUGCCAUCAGGCACAUCUGUGGGAGAGCCCUCCUCACCCCAGUACUGUGGCUGUGCCCCCCUCAAAUGACGAUCAUGACUGGCAGAAAGCUGGCACACAGGCUCUUCAUGGGUAAGUAAGGCUCCUGGCUGGACUACCAUGAUAGCCCCACCACCAUCUUCAGCCACAUGCCCACCAGCACCACGGGCCUCACCGAUGAUGAAGCCAUGGUCAGACACAGGAGGGAGAACACGAAGAUCUACAGCAUGUCCUUCACCCCCUUGUACCACUCUGCCACCCAGAGGAAGUUAAAGUGUGUCACGAAGCUGGUGUGCAAUGGCGAGGAGGAGAAGGUGCAUGGAGUGAACACACAAGGGCUGGGCGGCAACGAAAUGCUGUGGGACUUUGCCAUGGCCUUCAAAAUGGGGGCCACCAAGGCCGACUUGAACAGCACUGUUGCCAUUCACCCCACUUCUGCCAAAGAGCUGGUGAUGCUGCGCUGA